AAACAAUUAAAAAAUAACAAAGCGCGCGCGUCCGCAGACUCAUUCGGCCAUGAAAAAAUUGGGCGUGACUUUGUGACUUUAGUUGUGCUACACUUCCGCUCUCUUUCGGUUUUUACUGAAAAGAAAGAGAAGGGUAGAACAUGUGGGGUCGUCAGUAGAAGUUUAUUUAUAAAGUUUGUUAGUCUACAAGAUUGCUUCGCACGAGGAAAACGUUUCUUUCGAAGUGUGCUCGAAUAUAGAAAAAUAAACAACUAUAGGUACGAAAGUGACCAAGUUGUUUUACUUAUUUAAAGUUUCUGAUAUGAAUCUAUUCGUUUCAUUUAACAUCGUCUAGAUUAUUUUUAAGUGCUCCAAAUGUGAAACUCCAGUGAGUGAAAAUAAAACUAAAAACAGACACAUGUAAAUGUGUUGUUAUUCUGGUUAUAGUGUCGUGAAUAAAGUGCAAAAUAUGUUUACAUAUGAGUCAAAUAACUGAAAUAACAUACAAGUGAAGUGGUGACGGAAAUUUUAGAAAAAGUGAUGUUUACAAGCUGUUUUUCUGAACGACAGAUAUUUUUUAUUAGUAUGCGACGAAGAAGGAUAUGCAAAUUUAUAGGAAGCCGCAAAGGUUUUCUCUUCCUGAUGGUCACACUUCCCAUCUUCUACGCGUCCUGGCAGCUCAGCCAUGUAGUGGGCCAAGCGCUGAUCCCGCCACCACCGCCAGACCAGAUUCUUCACCAUUUCCGGGCUAAUAGGAGUUUAGUUCAUUACUUAGACAACAUAAACCUUCUCAUAGAACCAUCAUCAGUCUGCCAGAAGAAGGUUCCAGUCCUCAUCCUAGUGACUAGCACCCCUUCCCACUUUCGUCAUCGUGACGUCAUCAGAAAUACCUGGGGGAAGCACCAGGAGACGUAUUUCUUCCUUGGUCUUAGCCAGGACGAUGAUCGAUUGGCAGACGCCUACAUCGAAGCGAAACAGCACAGCGAUCUCAUAGUCCAUGAGUUUCAAGACCACUACCAGAACCUGACGCUGAAGGUGGGGCUCAUGCUGCAGUGGGCGCUCGACCGCUGUCCGCGGGCAGAGUUCGUGUUCAAGACUGACGAUGAUGUGCUGCUCAACCCGAGGACAUUGGACACGGUGUUGGCGGAUAAUAAGGAUGCCGCGUUGUUUGGGUACAAGAAAGAGAACAGCAUACCGCACAGAGACGAGUAUACCAAAUGGUACCUGCCCCGGUGGCUUUACAACGAAGAUCUAAUCCCAGAAUACCUGUCCGGGACAGGAUAUAUUAUUAAUGGUAAAAACCUGAAAGAAAUCUUCACCGCCUCCCUCCACAUCCCUCUUAUCAACAUGGAAGACGUAUACUUCACGUACCUCGUUGCCAAGAGAGCCCUAGAGCUUCCCCUCACCCACGACCGAAGACUGAGCCCAUACAAGCCUUGGAUAUUCACUUGUCCAUACAAAAACUACGCUUCCAUACAUAGUCUAAGUCCGGAAGAGAUGGAAAGUAUUUGGUCAAAGAUUCAAAGUUUAGGGGAAAGUAAAUUUUGUAAUUAUUUCACUAGUGAGUUGUUGUUAUAUUAGUAAUCUUUUUAAGCCAAAGGGCUCUUCUCAUACAUGACCGAAGACUGAGCCCAUACAAGCCUUGGAUAUCCACUUGUCCAUACAAAAACUACGCUUCCAUACAUAGUCUAAGUCCGGAAGAGAUGGAAAGUAUUUGGUCAAAGAUUCAAAGUUUAGGGGAAAGUAAAUUUUGUAAUUAUUUCACUAGUGAGUUGUUGUUAUAUUAGUAAUCUUUUAAAGCCAUAGGGCUCUUCUCAUACAUGACCGAAGACUGAGCCCAUACAAGCCUUGGAUAUUCACUUGUCCGUACAAAAAAUACGCUUCCAUACAUAGUCUAAGUCCGGAAGAGAUGGAAAGUAUUUGGUCAAAGAUUCAAAGUUUAGGGGAAAGUAAAUUUUGUAAUUAUUUCACUAGUGAGUUGUUGUUAUAUUAGUAAUCUUUUAAAGCCAUAGGGCUCUUCUCAUACAUGACCGAAGACUGAGCCCAUACAUGCCUUGGAUAUUCACUUGUCCGUACAAAAUAUACGCUUUCAUACACAGUCUUACUGCGGAAGAGAUGGAAAGUAUUUGGUCGCAGAUUUAAAGUUUAGGGGAAAUUUCACUAGAGAGUUAUUUUUGAAUUAGAUUUUUUUUAAGCCUUAGGGCUAUUCUCAUACAAGCCCGAAGACUGAGCCCAUACAAACCUUGGAUCCCUUGUCCAUACAAAAAUCAUAGAGAAGAGAUGGAGAGUGUUUGGCCGAAGAAUCAGAGUUUAGGAGAGAGUAAGUUUUAAAGUUAUUUUGAAUUGUUAUUGUAUUAGUAAUCUUACUAAUCUUGUUUACACCUCUUCAACAUUUUUAUUUUAUUAGUGUUUUUAAAAAUGUUUACAUAUAUUUGUUAUUCUUUAUUAAUCAAUGUAAACUGAAAAAAUAUGGACACUGUUGAAUCAAUUUUUGAAAUCAAAAGCAAGGAUGAAAAAAAUGGAAUGCCGGCGUGAUUACUAGAUUUUAUUUUAAGCAGAAUUUCUGCUAACAAAAUAUUUGUUUUUUCGAUUGAGCAUUUAGGUGAAUAGUCAUAAAUAUUAGCAGUAGGUAAAUCAAGAACAGAAAUCAAAAACAAAAAACUAUUAUACGGCACUAAGCUAUUUUUUAUACUUAUAUCUAUGUAUACUACUUUAAGAAUUUGAAUACGUAAAGUGUGUAAAUUGACGCUAUCUCUCUCUCUCUAAGUCUGUUUGACGAGAAAUUCUGCUGAUCAAGAAUAUUUAUUUGUUUCUAUUAUGCACAAAUUUCUUGUUGACAUGAGGAUAGACGAUAUGAUCAAAAUACGCCAGCAGUGGCGGCAUGGUUCCAUUUGGUUUGGUUUUAAAUGGAUUUGUUGUACAAUUUCUAUUCUGAUAAUUAAACCCCCUUCCAUAAAUAACGAUAUUUUAACCUAAAUUGUUAAUUGGAAGUACCCUCAAGAAAUGUUGCAAUAAACGAUGCUUAAAUCAUCAUAUCUUAUCGAAUCAUAAUAUAUUCGUGGUGCCAUGACCAGGAUACGAACCUGGGUAACGGGCAUUAAGAGGAAAGGGGACG